AUGCAGGGAGUAACCGAACAUGUACGUCUUCCAAUGAUUAAGCUGCAAUGUUUCGACGGUAACAUCGACGAGUGGCUCAGCUUUAGGGAUCUUUUUACUUCACUAAUUCAUUUGAAGCCUGAGUUACCGGACGUAGAAAAACUGCAUUAUCUCAAAGGAUGUUUAGAAGGCGAAGCGAGGGCGCUAAUCGAUUCUUUGAAGAUCACAAAGGCAAACUAUCAUAUUGCCUGGGAAUUGUUGCUCAAGCGUUAUAAUAACAGCAAACUAUUGAAGAAGAAACAGAUGCAAGCACUAUUCAAACUACCAACUAUAGUCAAGGAAUCGGUCGUAGAAUUGCGCUCAUUACUGGAAGGAUUUGAGAAAAUCGUUAACACGUUGGAUCAGAUAACACAACCAGCAGAUUUCAAAGACUUACUGCUGGUGAAUAUUCUCAGUUCCCGGUUGGAUCCAUACACACGAAGAGGGUGGGAGGAAUUUUCCUCUACGAGAGAGCAAGAUACGCUUCCUGAACUCAUCGAAUUUCUGCAGCGACGUGUGCGAAUUUUGGAAGCGCUCCCUGCUAAAUCAUCGGAAAAUAAACACGAGCAAACCGCAGUUAUUAGAAAAGGGCCAACCCCAAUACGCGUCAGUCACCAUGCUGCUCCACAUAUAAGCGGGAAAUGUCCUGCAUGUCCCGAUACACAUUGGCUUUAUUUGUGUCCCACCUUCCAGCGCAUGUCAAUUCCGAGUAAGGAAUCAGUUUUACGCUACAACAAUCUGUGUCGGAAUUGUUUUAAAAAGGGCCAUCAGGCAAAGGAAUGUCUAUCGAAAAAUUCCUGCCGUAACUGCAAGGGUCGACACCACACCAUGUCAACCUACCAACUGCAACAGUACAAACGAAAGGCUGGAACAUGCCCGACGGCAUCGAACUGGCCGAUCCAGCAUUUUAUCAAUCUGGUAGCGUCGAUUUAG